AUGUGGGCAUCAUUCUUCCACCGCGGAUCAAUAGUCCUCUCCAUUGUGCCCGGCCUCUUCGGCCUCCUGGCCGUAACUAAGCCAGAAAGCAUGCUCAAGCUCAUCGAAUUUCCUAUUCCGACAGAACCACAAAACCGAAAGCUUGCGUGUGCUCUUGCACGCCUGCACGGCAUUCGAAAUAUUAUCCUAUGUUCUCUUUUCAUCAACAAUGCUCUCACUGGAGAUAAGAACCUCAUUGCGGCGAACCUGGCUGCGAUAGUGUUUAUGAUGCUUGGGGACGGGUUUGUGAGCAGGUCACUUCUGGGAAGGGGGGAGUGGCUGCAUUGGGGGUAUAUUCCUUUUUAUGGUGGCUUUAUCGCUGGGCUGUUGUAUGCUGAGUAG